ACUCGGGGAAGCAUUGACGGCUUAACUUCAGCGCCAGGCCUAACACAACUGCGCCCUUGGACUCCGUGUCCGCGCAGACUUAGGCCGCUUUCUAAAGACAAUAAAGAGCUCACCUCUUUCACUCUCUUCUCUCUCUUGGCUACGUAGUAGAGCAGCGAUGGCGUUACUUCUCGUGAGUACAUCAUACCUGAAUAGUGAUAUAAGGCACAUAAACAUGGACCAAAUUGUAUAUGCAUGAAUAUGUACUUAUACCGUGUAAUAAGCAUUGAUUGAGUAUAACCUAAAAGUACAAAAGUACAAAAAAUGGCAUUGAAUGUACAUAUUCAGAAUAAAAUUAAGAGAAAAUGAAAAGAGGCGUGACUUUCAUGGUAAAAGAAAACAGAAAAUAAUAUAUAUUGACGUAUUCACAAGGAGUAACGCUACCGCCGCCCUGCUACGUAACCAAGAGAGAGAAGAGAGUGAAAGGGAAGCGCUCUUUAUUGUCUUUAGGAAGCGGCCUAAGUCUGCGCGAGCACGGAGUCCAAGGGCACAGUUGUGUUAGGCCUGGCGCUGAAGUUAAGCGGACGAUGCUUCCCCGAGUCUCCCCCUAAAUUGGGGGAAGAGCUCCGGUUAAAUAGUCGGAAGUUGAUAUACUGAUUCAGAGAUCCCAGCCUUUGUUUUGGCGGGAUCACCGCGCGAGCUGGCGCGCAGACGGAUUGUCUUCAGGGGCUCCCAUCUGAGUGGUGGUGUCACCGCAUAUAUAAAAAACAAAAAUGGCAUAAUAGACCAGAAUAUGCCAUAUUAAACAAGUAUAAGUAGAAAUUUAUGUAUAC